UAACAUUACUGCCAAGCAGACGGAAGCAGGAAGGAGAUAUAUAUCUUUCGCUUCAACAUCGCUACUCUUUGGUCGCCGUUCAUUGGACCAAUCGGUAUCGAGGUGGGCGUGGUCUGCGGCAAAUGAAGAAGCAGCGAGCUGCGGCUGCUGGAGGAGAGAGAGCAGCAGAGAGAGAGAGAGAGACCGCACACAUCCAUCCAUCAUAUACCUAACACCGUUUAUCGCUGUCUGUGGUCCGUGCUGCGAUGUUGAUCCUGGACGUUUUCUCACCGCUCCUCCUCCUCCUCUCCAUCCUGUUGCCGCGCUACGGUUGCUGGGCGGCGGACAUUCCGGAGGACACAACAUCAGAGUUCUCGGUCAGACUGUACCACCAGCUGCAGGCGGCGGGGGAUCAGGAUAACAUCAUCUUCUCCCCGCUGAGUGUGGCUGUGGCCCUUGGCAUGGUGGAGCUGGGAGCCAGGGGGCCGUCACUGGAGGAGAUACGACAGGCUGUAGGAUUCAGCCAUCUGCUGCCAGGCGUAGAGUUCUCUUUGCUCCAGAACCUGACGGCGGCGCUGUCGGACGAUGAUACUCACUACGUGAUCCGAUUCGCCAACAGCCUUUUCCUGCAGGAAGGCGUCACCUUUAACCCUGAGUUCCUUCACCUGAUGAGGAAGUACUUCCGGGCUGACGUGGAAACGGUAGACUUCAGCGAAUCGGCAGCCGUGGCCGACCAGAUCAACAGCUGGGUGGAGAAUCAUACUGAGAGUAAGAUCCGUGAGCUGCUAUCAGCCGAGGACUUCAGCAGCGUGACCCGCCUGACCCUGGUGAACGCCGUCUACUUCAGAGGCUCCUGGAAAAACCAGUUCAGACCAGAGAACACCAGAACCUUCUCCUUCAGCAGAGAUGACGGCUCUGAAGUCCAGACGCUCAUGAUGUACCAACAGGGAGACUUCUACUACGGUGAGUUCAGCGACGGCUCACAGGAAGCCGGCGGUGUGUACCAGGUGUUGGAGAUGCCCUACGAGGGGGAGGACAUGUCCAUGAUGAUCGUUCUGCCUCGGCAGGAGGUGCCACUGGCUUCCCUGGAGCCCAUCAUCAAAGCCCAGCUGCUGGAGGAGUGGGCGAACAAUGUCAAACGGCAGAAGGUGGAGGUCUACCUACCCAGGUUCAAAGUGGAGCAGAAGAUCGACCUGAGGAGCACUCUGCAGGAACUAGGAAUAAAGAACAUCUUCACCAACGAUGCUGAUCUCUCCGCCAUGACAGAUGGUAAAGACCUGUAUAUCGGGAAGGCCGUGCAGAAAGCGUACCUGGAUGUGACUGAGGAGGGGGCAGAGGGAGCCGUUGGGUCAGGAAUGAUCGCCCUGACCAGGACUCUGGUGCUGUACCCGCAGGUCAUGGCCGAUCACCCGUUCUUCUUUGUCAUUAGAAACCGGAAGACAGGGUCCAUCCUCUUCAUGGGCAGAGUCAUGACCCCUGAAGUCAUCGAGCCCAACGACCACGACUUUGACUCCAUGUAACCGUGGCGUCUCAAUCUCAAAACCCUGACGUCAUAAGCGCUACCUAUCGCCAUCUUCAGCUGUGUUUUAUACUCUUAAAAAAAAAAGAAAAUACAAACUGAAUAUUAUACGAUAUAUUAUAUAUUGAAAUAUGACAUACGACAUAUAAUGUGACUGUGUUUUGAUACUGGAAGCUUUAAAACUCCUGGAUACAGACAUGCAGAAAGAGGAAGUUGUACAUAUUCUCUGGUACAGGAUGGUUUGUAUAUGAGAAAGAAGAACACAUGAUAUGUAAUCCACGCACAACCCCUUUAAGUUCAGCAGCUUCGCGCUCACUUGCGCCCACACAAACGACGCACAAAAACAGUUUCUCUCUACUUCUUCUAAAAAAUAUUUACCCUUUCUUACUCCAGAUACACUGUAAGUUUCACACUUUAAUUCUAUCCCUGUACAUUUGACAUUGUGUUCUAUAUAUACAUAUAUAUACUCAGUAUUUAUUGCAGAAUAAACAUGUGCGAACAUUUUGUCCCUAUAAGAUGAAUCUUAGUAAUAUAUCUGUUCCAGACAGUAUUCUAGUCAUUUUUUACAGUGUAGGCACAUGGCUAAACUGCUGAUGAACUAAUAUGCCUUAUCACAUCUGAGUGGUUGAUCAAGCCCCAGCUGGGCAUCUCACAGGUGAGCAGAGGGGACUGCGUAACUAAGGCGGGUUGCUAUAGAGACGGACUGGAGCAUGCAGGCGCACUGAAAAAGAUCUGCUGCACCGUUUUGGAUGUACAUACAGGGAGAAACAGUAACACCAGCUGUAUUCAGUCUUUUACUCAAUAAAAACAUGAAUGUGUUCCCAUUUAAAAAAAA